AUGGCUUUGUCAGAAGAGGAAGCUAGGAAAGCGUUGACACCGGCUCCACCCGAGACAGAGAGAAUAGUUUCAGUUAACUUCAUAGUUUGCUUUGUUUUUUUAUCCCUAGGGUUUCUUCUUUCAGCAGACAAUGAUCAGAGUCAAAGAUCCAAAAAAUCUCUUGAUUUCUAUUCCAGGGUUAUGGGAAUGACCUUGUUACUAAAGUUGGACUUUCCUGCCAUGGACUUUUCCCUCUACUUUAUGGGCUAUGAAAACCCGGCUGACAUCCCUACUGACCCCAAGGAGAGAGCCAAGUUCUGUUUUUCUAGAAAGGCUACUUUAGAACUGACUCAUAACUAUGGCACAGAGAAGGAUGAGAAAUUUGUUUACCACAAUGGAAACUCAGAGCCCAGAGGCUUUGGCCACAUUGGCAUUGUCGUGCCAGAUGUUUACAAGGCAUGUGACAGAUUUGAGGAUCUUGGAGUGCCGUUUGUCAAGAAACCUGAUGCAGGCAAAAUGAAAGGCCUUGCCUUUAUCCAAGACCCAGACGGCUAUUGGAUUGAGAUCCUGAAUCCUGAAAAUAUGGCAAAGUAA